AUGUCUCACGAGAGAAUUAUUCCGGUUUACAGAUUCAACUCCAACUAUAUACCUUCUUCGGAAUGUACGACGAGUAUUCGGCCUUCUCGAGCGCCAUCUGAGUCAGAAGAUGGGCCAUCAUAUAUCGCUGGAAAGUUGUCAGAAGUUACCUCUUCUUCGGGCGUAGUGGUGACCGUUGACUUGCUGCUAAAAUCCUUGCAGCAAAGCGGACUACCAGGACCUGUCAUCUUGGUCGGUCGUCGUACCUUUCUCGGUCAAGGUGCGCAAUUCACGGUCCACGAAGAAACCAUGGCCUGGCCAGAAUUUGAUCAUUUUUCGACCAGAAUCGUGGCUACGAAACAGCCCAUCUUUGCCUUGCAACCAAAUUUGAGGGUCAACAUGGCGGAGCCUCAUGUACAAGCGAACCUGCGAGAUGUUUAUUUAGAGAUUUUGGCUCUUACCGACCCGGCUCUACGGAUGCACCCGAAUGUUGUAAGGCUGUUGGCAUGGUCUUUUAAACCCAGCAGUUUCCAUGCACCUUUCAAUUUAGUCAUGGAGAUUGCCUCGUGUAACUUAUCAAAGUUUAUCUCUAAUGCGGGAGUCGAUUUGUCGCUUCGUAUGAAGUACUGGCUGUGUCGUGAUGUGGGGGCAGGUCUUGAUGCUUUACAUGAAUGCGGCAUCGUUCAUGGAGAUAUCAAACCUGAUAAUAUAUUGAUAUUUGGAGAAGGAAAUCGUGCUGUGGCAAAAAUAGCUGACUUUGGGGGGUCUGUUUAUGGGGAUUUAUCUGAAAAUUCAAGGAUUAGACUCGGAGGAACGCUUGGUUGGCAGGCUUCAGAGGUUGAAGAAAACAAGACAAUUACACCAGCCCAACUGUCAAGGACGGACAACUAUUCAUUUGGAUUACUUAUUUGGGGUGUACUUCUAAAUGAUGGAAAGGUCCCUUGCCGUAUUGAAGGAGAGCAUAGACAGAUAACUUACAAUAGAGAGAUGGAAACCAAGGGCCAUGAGAUUGGUUUGAAUCCAGGUUCCUUCACUCGAGAAGCUGCUUUUGUACUGCUCCACCAGGAGCCAGAGGAUAGACCAUUCGAUGUAAAGAAGCUCUUUGGUGACAUUACACCGGAGGCAAGUCCAACCAAAUCCCCUCUGUAAGUAGUUUUCGUAUCUAUAUCUCGCAUCGCUUUCUGACAAACCAUUGCGCAUAGCUCCCAUCCCGCAUUCAGGACGGAUUUAGUCAUAGAAAGCUUAGAAGAUGCCUCGCGAAACGACAGUGUAAAAGGCCGAUACCUAUCCUGGGAACUUCCUGCAUUUGCAUACCAUUUCUUGGAUGAUUUAUAUUCUCGUUUUAUGCAAGAUUCUCGCAGCGUCCCUGCUGAUGUUCUGUUUUCGAUGUAUCUUGCAUACACUCACACCAUCUCGAGAAAAGCGGGACCUAGUAAUCAAGCCCUAGGUGUUCUGGUAGCUUCUGCCCUUAAUGGCUACGAACCAGCACAAGCAACUGUCACAGACGCAUACGAAUUCUAUCGCCUUGACCCACCUGAAGGAGUCAAUGAGCAUCUGCUCGACUGGCUAGAGCGGGCCACUGCUAGUGGUUCAAUUCAAGCGAAAAGAAGACUUCAAAACCUGGAUCUGGAGGCAGUAUGUAGGUCAAUGAAAGAUUUCCGCACAUUUGGGGGUUAUAAUCGUAUAUAA